AUGAACUCUUACACCCAGACAUCCAUGGCGGACUACAGUGGUGGUUUUGCGUACAUGCCUCCGAUCUCCCACGGACUCCCUUCGUUGCCGUCGGAAUCUAUCAGCAGGAUGCCUCCGCCGCCGACGCCGAUACAACCGCCCUCUCACUCUCACCAAAAUCACCCGCAGCUCCCAAUGCUUAUGGUACCAUCGCAUCCAACAUGGCCCAGCAUGUUGACGAACCCGAGUAGCUAUUCAGCUCCUCCAGUGCCUAUACCCCCUUUGCCAGCAGGACCACCGCUCAAGGCUCCCAAGUCUGCGCACUCUCAGUCUCAGCCCCGGAAAACACUGACGGAUGAUGACCGCCGAAAGAUGUGCGAGUACGCCGAGGCCAACCCUGGAGUCAAGCAGACCGAGAUUGGAUCCAUGUUUGGAGUGGAAAGAAGUACCGUCUCAAAGGUCCUCCGAAAUAGAGAAAAGUAUCUCGCUUCAAAGGACCGGGACAGUUCUCCAGUCAGGCGAAACAAGAGCAAGUUCCCAGACGUGGAGAAAGCACUGUCAAACUGGCUUCGCAACGCACAGAAGUCUGGCGUCCCUGUAUCGGAUGCCGACAUCAAGGAGAAGUUCAGGUUUUUCGCAACCACGACGGGCGGCUCAGAGACUCUCAUGUCCAAGACGCACAGCUCGACCUGGUUGGAGAAGUUCAAGCAGAAGAACGGCAUUGGUCCCGGGAGACUUGUGCGCAGGGCCUCCGAGACCAACAUCCCUGACAGCGCGCACAUGAGCCGGGUGUCGCCAGUCCUGUCGACUUCGCACUCGUCAAGUAUCAUCUCGCCUGCGUCGCCGACUGCGCAUCCAUCUCCCUCGCCUCUGUCAGCCAACCGAAGCGACGGAGACCGGGACGGCUUGGACAGUCUGAUGGACUUUACUACAUCACAGGCAGUUCCCUCCUGUCUAGCCAGCGCAAUCAGUCCCACAGCGCCAUUCUCGUUCUCUCCGGACCAGAGCGCUGGUGGGUUCCUCUCCAACGAACAUGCGGGCUCGAAUUUCCAGAGACCACGAAGCCAGACCUUUCCUACGCUCGACCUGGAGUAUCUGAACCAGCAACAGCAGCAGCAAGAGUCAGAGUCGAUGACCCCGAGGUACCACCACAUUUCGGCCACUGCCCCGUCAUCUGCGCUGGACUCGCCCAUGACUGAAGGAGCCGCACCUCCCUUUGGAUCGCAACAAGCUGCGUCCUCCCCGCAGCUGCACAGGACGAACAGCAGCAAUAGUCUCGCGCACAGGUCCUCGAGCACUUCGGUGGGAGGCGGUGUCACGUCGGCGUCCGCAGGGUCAUCCCCGGUCUCGCCAACACAGGAAGAUGCCAGAAAGGCGGCCGACACACUGUUGAACUUCAUACAGAACGCGGUGCCCAACGGCUUCGUCGUCGACCAGAAUGACUACUUGACGAUUGUCCGCCUCACGGACAGGCUCCGGCUGCAGCAGCACCAGCAGACGGGCAAGGGGAUGGGCGGCCUCUCCCGGAUCCCAGAGGGCGAGGUGGAAAUGUCGAGCGGCCCGCCGCACCUGCUGCCCAAGCUCGAGACGACGAUGAGUGCAUAG